UUUGCCGUGCCGCAAGCUCCUCCCCCCGCCGCAGUCAGUCACACAGCGAGAGACACCGGGCUGUGAACGUUUACCGCCAGUGUGUACCGGAGUCAGGGGGGCGGAGCAGCCAGCGCAAGCGAGAAACCCGGGACUCGUCACCAUCCAGCUCGUUAGCGGCGGCGGGGCGAACGGCCCGGACACUGAGGAUGGCUUCCGGAUCUGAAUCUAAAAGCGAUGACUUAUCGACUGCAAUUCUCAAGCAAAAGAGCCGACCAAAUAGGUUGAUUGUAGAUGAAUCCAUCAAUGAAGACAACAGCGUCGUGUCCCUGUCCCAGGGCAAAAUGGACGAACUUCAGCUGUUCCGUGGGGACACUGUGCUUCUAAAGGGAAAGAAGAGGAGAGAAGCUGUGUGCAUUGUCCUGUCUGAUGACACCUGCUCGGACGAGAAGAUCCGCAUGAACAGGGUUGUUCGUAAUAACCUGCGGGUACGGCUUGGAGAUGUAAUAAGCAUUCAGCCAUGUCCGGAUGUGAAGUAUGGAAAGCGGAUCCAUGUCUUGCCUAUCGAUGACACAGUAGAGGGCAUCACCGGAAAUCUGUUUGAAGUGUACCUGAAGCCUUACUUCCUGGAAGCUUAUAGACCCAUCCGAAAAGGUGACAUUUUCCUUGUGCGUGGAGGCAUGCGUGCCGUGGAGUUCAAGGUGGUGGAGACUGAUCCCAGCCCAUACUGUAUCGUGGCCCCAGAUACAGUCAUCCACUGUGAAGGAGAGCCCAUUAAACGGGAGGAUGAGGAGGAAUCUCUGAAUGAAGUGGGUUAUGAUGACAUCGGGGGCUGCAGGAAGCAGUUGGCCCAGAUCAAGGAGAUGGUAGAGCUUCCGCUCAGACACCCGGCACUUUUCAAGGCUAUUGGUGUCAAGCCACCUCGUGGUAUCUUGCUGUACGGACCUCCAGGAACUGGAAAAACCCUCAUUGCUCGAGCAGUCGCUAAUGAAACUGGUGCAUUCUUCUUCCUCAUUAAUGGUCCUGAGAUUAUGAGUAAAUUAGCUGGUGAGUCAGAGAGCAACCUGCGCAAAGCCUUUGAAGAAGCUGAGAAGAAUGCCCCUGCCAUCAUCUUCAUUGAUGAACUGGACGCCAUUGCCCCUAAGAGAGAGAAGACACAUGGAGAAGUUGAGCGCAGAAUUGUGUCCCAGCUGCUAACGCUUAUGGACGGCUUGAAACAGAGGGCGCACGUCAUCGUCAUGGCUGCCACCAAUCGACCCAACAGCAUAGACCCAGCACUUAGACGCUUUGGCCGUUUCGACAGAGAAGUGGACAUUGGAAUCCCUGAUGCUACCGGCAGACUGGAAAUUCUACAGAUUCACACUAAGAACAUGAAAUUGUCAGAUGAUGUGGAUCUAGAACAGGUUGCCAAUGAGACUCAUGGUCACGUUGGUGCUGAUCUGGCUGCUCUGUGCUCAGAGGCCGCUCUCCAAGCUAUCCGCAAGAAAAUGGACCUGAUCGACUUGGAGGAUGAAACCAUAGAUGCUGAAGUAAUGAAUUCAUUGGCUGUCACUAUGGACGACUUCAGGUGGGCGCUAAGUCAGAGCAAUCCAUCUGCGCUGCGUGAGACGGUGGUGGAAGUGCCACAGGUCACCUGGGAAGAUAUCGGUGGUUUGGAUGAUGUCAAGAGGGAGCUGCAGGAACUGGUACAGUAUCCUGUGGAACAUCCAGACAAGUUCUUGAAAUUCGGUAUGACUCCGUCUAAAGGUGUGCUGUUUUAUGGGCCACCUGGAUGUGGUAAGACCUUGCUAGCCAAGGCUAUUGCCAAUGAAUGCCAGGCCAACUUCAUCUCUAUCAAAGGCCCUGAGCUGCUCACUAUGUGGUUUGGAGAGUCUGAAGCCAAUGUCAGAGAGAUCUUUGAUAAGGCUCGACAAGCCGCUCCCUGCGUCCUCUUCUUUGAUGAAUUGGACUCCAUUGCCAAAGCCCGUGGAGGUAACAUUGGUGAUGGUGGCGGAGCUGCUGACAGAGUCAUCAACCAAAUCCUGACAGAGAUGGAUGGAAUGUCUACCAAAAAGAAUGUCUUCAUCAUCGGAGCCACCAACAGACCUGACAUCAUUGACCCAGCCAUUCUGCGUCCUGGACGUCUGGACCAGCUCAUUUACAUCCCACUCCCAGACGAGAAGUCCCGCAUUGCUAUUCUUAAAGCCAACCUGAGGAAAUCUCCAGUGGCUAAGGAUGUUGAUGUUGACUUUCUGGCUAAGAUGACCAAUGGUUUCUCUGGUGCUGACUUGACUGAAAUCUGUCAGCGAGCCUGUAAGCUGGCCAUCCGUGAAUCCAUUGAGAAUGAAAUCCGAAGAGAGCGGGAGAGGCAGACAAACCCUUCUGCCAUGGAGGUGGAAGAAGAUGACCCUGUACCUGAAAUCCGCAAGGAUCACUUUGAGGAAGCCAUGCGUUUUGCCCGCCGUUCUGUCAGCGACAACGACAUCAGAAAAUAUGAAAUGUUCGCACAGACUUUGCAGCAGAGUCGCGGCUUUGGCAGUUUCAGAUUUCCUUCUGGAGGACAAGGUGGAGCUGGUCCUAGUCAAGGUGCAGGAGGUGGAGCUGGUGGGAGCCACUUUACUGAAGAAGAAGACGACCUCUAUGGCUAGAUGAGCCUUUGAUGCCGUCCUUAAUUGUACAGCAUUGAAAUUCCUACGUUAAUGGACACUCUGCUUUUCAUUCCUCAGUCAGAACAGCGUAGCUGCACACCCCACUCCUGGUUUUUUGUUUUGUUAUCUGGGUGUGAGAAGAUGGGGCGCCAGGUCUCUCAGGAUACAGGCUGACUCUUUUCUUUCUUCUCUCCCCCUCCCUGUAGAGUGCUGGUGGGGGGGUGGCUCACGUGGCGUUCUUGUGGCACUCGCAGCACCCGGAACAGACAUGCAUUUUGUUGCUUGAUAUUCCGAGCCUUCAUCCUCUGGUAAAGAUCUCACAGCAUCUAGACUUUGGACAAGCUGAGCCUGUUUACCAUUUAUUGGCCACUGUGGUCAGGAUGCAGGUGCUGCCCUCUGGCUUUUAAAGGGUUAAUAUUCCUAUGGGUGCAUUAAAGGAGAUUCAAGCAACAAAUGCAUGUUUUGGCAUUGAUUUAACACUAUUUCCGAGUGUCCAGACGGCUUCAGACAAGAACGGGCAGUGUUUUUUUAUGUUGGUAUUGGGCAUAAUGUUGUUGGAUUCUAAAAACAAAAAACGCAGGUUGACGUCUAACGUGAGAAUAAACUGACUGAUCACUGAU